CCUUAGUCACCGCAUUGCUUCUGGUUUUUAUAAUUCUCCUAUUUAUCCUAGUUUUCCUAGUCCUUUCGUUUUACCUGGUUUCCUUAGGUUCUCGACGUCUCUUAGUUUCCCUGGUUCUCCUAGUUUACCCAAUUCCCCUAGGUAUACCGUUCCUGGUUUCCCUAGUUUCUCUAGUUUCCUUAGUCUAUCUAGUGUCUCCAGUUCUUUUAAUUCCUGGUUUAGGACUUGUGCCCUAGUUUGUCUAGUUCUCCUCUAGUAUUUUGUAAUUUGUGUUACAUCUCUAGCUCUUUCUAAUGCUCCUAAUUUCUCUGAUUUCCUUCAUUUCCUAUUUUUCCUAUUUUACUUUCCAUAUUUUCAAGUCUUCCUAGUUUCCCCACCUUUCCUACGUUCUUGUUUGCCCUUGUUUCUCUAGUCUCCUUAGUAUCCCUUAGUGUCCCUAACGUCCAUGGCUUUGGUACAUAAGUGAAUUAGUCGACAACUAUAAGAGGGGAGUUUUAUGAGACCCCCCCUGGAGUCGAACCAAGAAACGAGAAACUGCGUGUUUGAUGAGGAAGAGUUUCUAUGGGUUUGGAAUUCUUCAACGUUGUGGAACCAGUUGAUUGACGAUACUCUGGGGAGCUCCGAUUGGAUUUUCAGUUGGAAAUCUCUGGAAAAUACCUUGGAUCGAACGCAGUUGAAGCGUAGGCGGGUGGAAACUGGUCUUGCACCAAUGUUAUAUAUUCAGUUCAAUUUUACAAUAUUAAAAAUUCAAGUACAAAAAAACACCACUCCAGUUCGACGAGUACCUUGUUUGUGCACUUAUGAUACAGAUUUCAAUAACAAUGCGUGAUACAGCACUUUGGUAAAGGUCAAUUGCUCCACUUGUCUCAGGGCAAAGCACUUGCGGACUAAUUUAGAACAAACAACUUCAAUUACCUUUAACAAAUCGAAGGUGAUAACUAACGAUAAGUGAGAAUGCGAUUCUCUCAUAUAAAAGGGCUGCGGAUAAUAGCUCGUCACUGAAAGUCAGUUCAGCACCGAACCAUCAUGAGAGUAAUAUUGUGCCUAUUGGCAGUGCUGCCGUUUUGUCUGGGAGAGGAACCCGACCGUUUCGACAACUUUAAGGUAUACCAAGUGAUCCCGACGACCUCCGCCCAUUUGGAAGUGCUUGAGAAACUUGAAAACGACCCCAACUACAACUUCUGGUCGGGCGUCGCCUUAAAUCGGCAAGUCGAUGUGAUGGUAUCACCAAGGCAACAAGACAUCUUUACAAAUCUUCUCCGAUUCUUGAACCUUCCCGGUAAGGUAAUGAUCGAAAACGUGCAAGAAUUGAUGAAUAAUGAACGAAACAGUACCGAUAGGAGUGAGGACUUGUUUUCAAGCUACCAGACCUUGGACGAGAUACAUAAUUGGCUGAGAAGCCUCGAAGCUCAGUAUCAAGAUGUAGUCAAAGUGAUAGUCGGUGGAAAAUCGCACGAAGGACGACAGAUUCUGGGCGUGCACGUCUCCUUCAAGCCGGGAAACAAAGCCGUAAUGAUCGAAGGCGGAAUCCACGCACGCGAAUGGAUCUCGCCAGCUACGGUGAUUUACAUAUUAAACCAGUUGUUAACCAGCCAGGAUCCAGCGGUCCGAGCGGUCGCAGAGAGUCGUGACUGGUACGUUUUUCCCAGUGUCAACCCAGACGGCUACGUGUACACCCACACCAAGAACCGCAUGUGGAGAAAAACGAGAAAACCCUACGGUUUUUGUUACGGAGCAGAUCCCAACCGUAACUGGGGCUAUCACUGGAUGCAAGGUGGGGCCAGUUCCAGCGCUUGCUCGGACACCUUCGCCGGGGACAAGGCGUUUUCGGAAAUUGAAACGCAAUCGCUAUCUGAAUUCAUUGACACAAUUGCGCCCAAACUCGACGUCUACCUCAGCUUUCACUCCUAUUCCCAGUUGAUUUUGCUUCCAUUUGGGCAUAAGGGACACGAAGUACCCGCCAACAACGAAGAACUGCAUCGGGUCGCAAACAAGGCGAGAGACAAGCUAAAGGAGCGCUAUGGUACGAAGUACACUGUUGGAAAUAUUCCAGAGGCUAUUUACGUAGCCAGUGGAGGUAGCACCGAUUGGGUUGCGGGGACACAUAGGCAUAUCCGUUUGACUUACACCUUCGAACUUCGAGAUACAGGAAGAUACGGUUUCCUUCUUCCCUCCAAUCAAAUUGUGCCGACUGGCGAAGAAACGUUGGACGCUGUUGUCAGUAUGUUUCAACAAAUUGAUGCUACCGAAUAGAUGACAUAUGUACUCCUUUUUUUGUAAAUAAACCAUUUAUACACUAAA